GGUCUUUCCCUCAUCUAGACCCCUCCAUUGGACUGAGUUGUCUGAUAGAUCUUAUCAUUGAGACUUCUGCACAAAGUAGUACGCUCCUUAUCAGUCAAACUCGACGCAAAACCUCCUAAUCCCACUCAACAUCGUACGAUCCUCAUCCGCCAUCACCCCGCAAUUGUCCCGCCAUGUCUUCCAAAUCGCAAUUGACCUACAGUGCUCGUGCGAGCAAGCACCCCAACCCUCUGGCCAAGCGCCUGUUCGAGAUCGCCGAGGCCAAGAAGACCAAUGUGACCGUAUCCGCGGACGUGACCACGACCAAGGAUCUCCUGGACCUUGCUGACCGCCUGGGCCCCUACAUUGCCGUGAUCAAGACGCACAUCGACAUCCUCUCCGACUUCAGCAACGAGACCAUUGAGGGCCUCAAGGCCCUGGCCGAGAAGCACAACUUCCUCAUCUUCGAGGACCGCAAGUUCAUCGACAUCGGCAACACCGUCCAGAAGCAGUACCACAAGGGCACACUCCGCAUCUCGGAGUGGGCCCACAUCAUCAACUGUAGCAUCCUGCCGGGCGAGGGUAUCGUCGAGGCGCUGGCCCAGACCGCCUCGGCGCCGGACUUCGAGUACGGCCCCGAGCGCGGCCUGCUGAUUCUGGCCGAGAUGACCUCCAAGGGGUCCCUGGCGACGGGCCAGUACACCACCUCGUCGGUGGACUACGCGCGCAAGUACAAGAACUUCGUGAUGGGUUUCGUGUCGACGCGGUCGCUGGGUGAAGUCGCCUCCGAGGCCAGCUCGCCGUCCGACGAGGAGGACUUUGUGGUCUUCACUACGGGCGUCAACAUCUCCUCUAAGGGCGACAAGCUCGGCCAGCAGUACCAGACCCCCGCGUCGGCGAUCGGUCGCGGUGCCGAUUUCAUUAUCGCCGGUCGUGGUAUCUAUGCCGCCGCGGACCCGGUGCAGGCGGCGCAGCAAUACCAGAAGGAGGGCUGGGAGGCGUACCAGGCCCGUGUGGGAGGUAACUAGUACCGGGUGAUGGUAGAUGAAUGUACAGAACUAGCAGCAUAAUGCCAUGUUACGACUAAUUUGCAUAAGCAUCUGAGCUCGGAUGUUGGUGAGGGAUAUUGAUCCUGCAGGGAAGAUAGAUGCCGAGGAAGCCGCCUUCGGCAGUCCAGCUCUAGGCCUUGGUAUCU